AGGGCACAGAGAGAAGCUGGUGGGACAAGAGCGGGGACCUCCUGGUGAGUAGGGGACUUUCUUCUUCAUGCCGCUGUCCUGGGAGGAUCUGCUUCAGGAUAUGGAUCUGCUUCAGGACGUGGAUCUGAAGGCAGCGUGAGAUGCCAAGACACCAACACUGAUCUGCCCGAGCCCAGCUGGAAGGACAGCCCUUGCCUGCUCCUCCACCCAAGCUAACAGCCAGGGACACAUCCCACCUCCCACCAUGGAGCUGGACCAGACGUUCCCACCUACCGCAUCACCCGCGCCGACCACCGGUGGAGAAGACUCCUGCAUAUUGGAGGUCACUGACAUGGCCAUCGAUGGUCUCACGCUGCUCAUCUGCCUCUGUGGGCUGGUGGGCAACGGGGUGGUCCUCUGGUUCCUCGGCUGCCGCAUCCGCAGGAACCCCAUCACCAUCUACAUCCUCAACUUGGCCGUCACUGACUUCGCCUUCCUCCUCUUCCUGGUCAUCUCAUCCCUCCUCUACCUGAUAGACAAUUCCUCUUGCUACCCUGUUGGGAUCCUGAAGUACCAGAGGUGGCUUUUCCUGCUCUUGCUGUUCUCCUACAACAUGGGUCUGUACCUCCUGACGGCCAUCAGCAUCGAGAGGUGUGUGUCCAUCCUCCGCUCCGGCAUCCGCCACCCCAAACGCUCAUCGGUGGUGGUGUGUGCCCUGCUCUGGGUCCUCUCCAUCGCUGUCACUGCUCCAGUCACUGCUCUGUGCCUGAUGAAGUAUGAAGAGCACUGCCAGACAGCUCUCAUCUCCAUGUAUGUCCUCAACUUCCUCAUCCUUGCCCCACCCAUGGUCAUUUCCAACGUGAUCCUCUUCGCUAAGGUCGUGUGUGGCUCCCAGCAGCGCCAGCCCAAGAGGUUCUACAUCGUCAUCUUCCUCACCGUCCUCUUCUUCCUCCUCUUCGCUCUUCCCCUCAGCAUCCGGAAUUCCAUGGAGCAGCUCGGCUACCGCUUCCUGUCCUCCCAGGCUGUUUUCCUCCUCGCCUCCAUCAACAGCAGCAUCAACCCCUUCAUCUACUUCUUGGUGGGGAGCUGCCGGAGGCACUGCUCCGUGGUGUCUCUUCAGGUUGCCUUCCAGAGGGUCUUUGAGGAGGUGGAAGACCACACCACAGGCAGCAACGACACCACGAUGGGCACCCUGACCCCAGCCUGUUGAAGCCUUUCCACCGCUCUGCUUAAUGCCCCCAGGACAGUGCCUGAGUAACUGGAUUAAGAAAUGUCUGCAGUUAUUUCCCCCCAUGGCCCCCUCUGACCCCCUGCAGAAGAGGAGAGCAGGGGCAUCACCAAGGACGAUGUGGUGGGGAGGACACGCAGAUGGACGUGGCUUUCCUCCUCCCUGCCAGCCUGGAACCUGCCCCAGGGGACUGUCUUCCCAAAAAUCCCCUGCUUUUCGGGAUGAACGUUGCUUUCAGGAAGCUCUGACUCAUGUAUGGAGUUGGGGGGUAAAACCCAUAAAACCCAUUCCCUGUCCCAAGCCCCUCUCCCCAUCCCAUGUGGCAGCCCCUCCGAGCUCUGCUCUCCAUCCCCAUCUCCAGCCAUGAUGGGGUCGGGGGACAUCCCUGUCCUGGGCUGGGGUGGGGGGGGACACCCCUGCCCCUCUGCCAAGACCCCACCACCCUCCCCUCCCUCUGGUUCCCGUGUCUCCCUGCUGGUUGUACCAAUAAACACCAUCCCGUUCCCUGA